CCAGACAAGUUUAAGAGGAAAAAAAAAAAAAAAGGCUUAUUUUAGUAGGAUGCGCGUCAAAGUAUUUGGCUGCAAUACUGAAGCCAAGAUUGUGAAAAAAACCUAAAACUUGAGUUGUGCUCCAUCUUGUUUGGGUUAAUAUCCCUCACUUAGGAUCCUUAGUGUGCGCCGCAGCAGCUGAAGCUGAGAGAACACUUCAGUUGGCAAUAGGCUGUCUUGCAUGUUGCUUGUUGCUGUUAUACCCAUUAUACUGUUUCUCUAGAUGCCAGUUUCAAAAAUACCUGUUCUAAUUUCACUUCUGAUCUCACUCCAGUGGAAAGGGAGUCUUUAACGGGCAACAUUUCUUUGAUAUGCAGAGAUUAGUAACUUAUGACCUGUAGGAUGUCAAAUAAGAUCAGAUAGAUUGCUUCCUGCUAAGCUUCUUGCUGAGUCUUGAAGACUUACUAUGCAUUAAGCAGUUUCCAGAGGUUAGUUGAAGCUUCAGCGAUUCUGGCGAGCUUGUGCUUAUUCCCCUGCAUGGCUCUGUGCCUGCAAAGGUCGGGGAGGAUGUACAGGUGACAGACUUUGUACCAGGACACUGCUUGGUGCAGAGGUCUCUCAGUACGUGGUAUCCAAAUACAGGUUCAGAGGCAGGAGGUGGUGUGAGGAGCAGGCGGUCCUCAUGGUGAGAGGAUCACGUCGGUCUGAGAAGGCAGCAUGCACAUGUAUUGCUCAAGAAAUACGGCUGGGACUGUUUUCCAUUUCAGUGUUACUUUUGGAUGGGUUCUAGAGAUUUCCAAUGUAAUUGUCUGUUAGAUAAAAAGUACAAAUGUGCAUCUUUCUAUCCAGGUUGUGUUCUCUAAAUGUUCUAAAAGAUCGCAGUACUGCAGUCACAUUAGGACAUUUAAAAUUGGUAAGGGUAUAGCAGUUGCAAUGACACUUUCAGGAGAUAGUUCUUCAUUCUUCAGCAUUUGUAAAAUCAAGCAGACGGUUUUUAUGGCAUUGCUCUGUUUCUCCGUGGCUCCUGCUUUUAUGUGGGUAUUGUACGUCUUCCAUCUACACCUUCUUUUAGUCAGGCUCAGUAAUAUAAUUACUGUAAUGCAGUGGUUUGUUAAUGCCAAUUCGGGAUAAAUCUCAAAUGUCUCAGACAUUACUCUGAAAAACUGGAAAUGCCAGGCAGUAUAAAGUACAUUUCAAAGUGCAGUGCAGGAUUUAUAUCUUUCCAGAUACUUCAAUAGAAAAUAAUAGCAACUGCUUAUCUUCUGCCCAGAUCCAUUUAAAAUUUUCCUUAUGACUACUUAACCUUUUACUACACAGUACUUUUGAGGAGUGCAUAUAUAUUGAUGUAACUAAGCUUGAUUACAAGAGGUAACCAGAGUUAUUUGUAAUUGCUAGGGCCCAUCUAAUAAGUAAGUGGAAAAUAGUGAAAGAAAACUGUGAUAAACAAUAUAAACCAGAACAUUUUCUGUUUCCUUUGGUAUGGAAAUGCAUUUUAGGUUUCUCUUUCCUGCAAACAAUGUCAGGGUGAUUUUAUUGCAGGCCAUCUGCUUACUAAUGCAUAUCUGCCUAAAUAUACAGUCAUUGUCUUGAAAUAAGUAGAGCCUGAUUUCCUCAGUGAUUUCAGUGGGACUGAACGUAUUCCCUUGCUAUACUACAGCUUGCUAUUUCCAAAUAGUUUAUUUUAUUUUCACUGAAAGCCUAUGAGUCAAAUUAAUUUUGUGAAGUAAUUGAAUUAGAUGUAAAUUUUGUCCUGUUAUUUAAAAGGCUAGUAAAGAUUUUGUUGCAUCUGUUUCCUCAGAAUAUAUGUUUAAUGGAAGCUGGUUUUACCUAGGAAGAACAAUUCUGUGGCAAGUUGACCGAUUUGCAUUGUACCCUGGGGAACGAAAUAAAAGAGACCGUCCGGGUUGAAGUUUUGAGAGGGUAAAUUUUAUUUCAAAAUGCAGUCAGACUUCAAAUUAAUCCCUCCCAUGUAUUUCAAAGACCUAGGAAAUCAAUGGGUUCUACUAAUAAAUUGUUUUUUUGUCUUUCCUUUUAAUGCAAGUUUCUGCAUUCAAAGACUAUUCAAUUCAAAGUCUAAUUAAUUCUCUCUCUAGCUGUUUCUAUCAUACAAUGCUUCAAAAGGAUGAAAGAGAUUAUUCUUCCCCCCGUAUUUAGUUUCUACUUCACAGGUCUUACUGUAUUAGCUUAGUAUAGUUUGUGUGAUGUUGAUUGUUGUGCAUUUAUUUCCUUUUCAAUAUACUCCAUCCAGUCUACAGACUGGAUUUGGUGUUAGACUCCACCAGCUGGGCCGUGCCCCACCUGUGCUGGUGUCGGCUCAGCUGGGGCUGGGGGGUUACAUUUGAACACUGAGGGCUCUGUGCAGCCUGUCUUCCUUGAUGUUCUCACAUCCAAGAGCUUAUUCCAGUCCAUCAGCAAAUAACACCUGGGGAGGUGGAAAGGUGAGUGUGUGCUGCACCCCGAUACCAGUAUAGCAUGAACUGCCUGUCAGUGGCCCUGCAGGACUCCUGUGAGCUGCUGCUGUCAUGCAGACGCUAGUACAAGUAUUGCCUGGGAGGUCGGUGUGCCUAUGGCAGCCCAGCCUGAUGGUUCACCUACUAGGUGGCUCUCUGUGGGCCAGGUUGUAGCACUCACAGCCAGUGACUACCUACUAGAGGUCAUGGUGAGAUUUUUGAGGGGUGGAGCACAGAUUAGGGCACACCUGUGGGUUUUUCCUCUAUUUCUUGUUUCUGCUCUUGGUGAGAAGGAGGUUUGACUAAAUGAACGUGGGAUCUUGCGUGGAUCUGCAAUCUUCCACCACAGUGACCUGUGCUGAGAGGUGCUCUCCAUGCUCCUGGCCUGUCUCCAGUCAGUGGCUCUGGGAGCAGGCUGGUCAGGUAAGAUCCUUCAGUGAGAGCUCAGGUUCCAUCAGGGAAAUAUCUGUUUGCCUUUAGGGGUCCACAUCCCAGAAUGCAUGUGGGAUCAACUCAAAAGAUGAGGAUUUCAGUCUUUCUGAUGAGGUUGGGGGGACACUCAGUCAAGCAUCCAUGUGUAUUCUGCUUCAGUAUGCAGGGCUUAGGCUUAUUAAACUUUUAAAUUGGUUGCAAAGUCUGUUGUCUUCUCCUCUUAGUUACAAUUGUAGAAUAAGUUGUGGGCUAGAGUUAGUGUGUUCCAGGGUGGGGUUUUUUUUGGUUGGCUUUUUUUUCCUUUUUACACUAGGAUUUCUGAUUUUCUUGAUUUGGCAGCAGCACGUAGAACAGGCCUUUUGUUGUGGUGAAGGAGUCAGUCAGUACAAUAGAAUACAACCAUUUGUUACCUCCUCCUGCUUCCCCUCUUGGUGCUGCAGCAACCAAGUGGGGUUUUGCACAGAAGCCGUUGAAGGUGUUUGCAUUCUGUUUCACCAAGUAAUGUGUGGCAGGAAAGAUAAUAGAGUCCGUGAUCUUUAAUAUUAUUUUUUUGUUAGCCUUCUCUUUCGCUUUGUCAUCUUGAAGGUAGUCUUGCAUGUGUGAUCUCUCUAAGAUGUGCACAGAGGACAAGCGGAGUGCUUUGACUUGACUGGCACAGCUUGCCACAAGUGACUGGAGUUACCCUGUGUCCUCAGGUUGUUGUGUGGCAGCACUGGGAGGUCCAUGGCAGAAGUGAAAGUGACAGCCCUCUAGGUGCUGUGUCAGACCGUCAGAAGAUCUGCUGAUACAGUGUGACCCAUAGAUAGUCACUUACAUGUUGGUACCAUUGUGCCUUGUCACAACCUAAAAUGUGCCAAAUCAGGUGGUGGAAGGAGUGAGUGCUAUAACUCACUACAAUGCAUGUUACAGUCAUUCUCUUACAGUAUCGUGGCAUAUAUCUUGUAGUAAACAAAUAGGCUUUCAUUUAACUGAAGAAGUACAUAGAGCUUAUGCAUAGUCUGUUACUGUGUACAGUGUCCCAUUUCACUGUCCUAAACAACUCUUAUUUCCAUCUGGUGCAACACUCGUACUUGCACAGUUAUAAAGGUGUGUAGAGUUUUCUUUUAUAUUGCCUUGGCCAGGGCUGCUGCAUAUGUUAAUGUUCCAUGUGCAGAAAAACUAUGUCAUGUCUUAGGCGAGGAUAUCUACAAGGUUAAGAAUGAUGUUGAUCAUAUCAGUUUUUCAUCAAACAAGAAUUGUUAAACUGAAUGCUAUGCUAACUAACAGCAGUAAUUCUGGAAUGUACUGAAAUGGGUGGCAUAUGGGCCUGGGCAGAGAGACCAAGUUGUUUCUGGAGGCUCUCCACCGUCAAUGCACUGGUCAUAUUUCCUCCUACCUGAGUUGGGAACGUACAGGUCUGUGUUCAGCCUGUAACUGUGUAUGUCUUGCAGCCCAGAAAGCCAACCGCAUCCUGGGCUGCAUGAAAAGAAGCGUGGCCAGCAGGUCGAGGGAGGUGAUUCUGCCCCUCUACUCUGCUCUGGGGAGACCCCACCUGGAGUACUGUGUGCAGCUCUGGAGCCCCCAACAUAAGAAGGACAGGGACCUGUUGGAGCGAGUCCAGAGGAGGGCCACAAAAAUGAUCAUGGGUCUGAAGCACCCCUCCUAUGGAAACAGGCUGAGAGAGUUGGGGUUGUUCAGCCUGGAGAAGAGAAGGCUCCAGGGAGACAUUACAGCAGCCUUCCAGUACCUAAAGGGGCCUACAGGAAGGAUGGGGAGGGACUCUUUAUCAGGGAGUCUAGUGAUAGGAUGAGGGAUAACAGAUUUAAACUGAAAGAGGGUAGAUUUAGAUUAGAUAUUAGGAAGAAAUUCUUUACUAUGAGGGUGGUGAGACACGUGAACAGGUUGCCCAGAGAAGCUGUGGAUGCCCCAUCCCUGGAGGUGUUCAAGGCCAGGCUGGAUGGGGCUUGGAGCAGUGUGGUCUAGUGGGAGGUGUCCCUGCCCACGGUGGGGUCUUGGAACGCGAUGAUCAUUAAGGUCCCUUCCAACCCAAACCCAAACCAUUCUAUGAUUCUGUGAUUCCAUAUUGCGGGUUUUGAAUCUUUUUUUUUAACAGAUCAUAUGAAGCUCUGGGGUUUGUAUUUUAUAUAGUCACUCUGUUUCCUGGCAUUCACGGAAAUAAUACUGAGAGUGCUUCUUACUCAAAUCCAAAAAAUGUGCUCAGGGCAAACCUUGAACAAACACCAAUUUCCUUUGGCCACAACAGCCAUGCACCGAACCAUUACUUGAGCAAAAGUACAAAACGUGGAGCUUCGAGGUGCUGGAGCGAGUGCAGAGGAGGGCACCGAAGCUGGUGAAGGGCCUGAAGAAUAAAUCUUAUGAGGAGCGAUUGAAGGAGCUGGGACUGUUUAGUUUGAGGAAGAGGAGGCUGAGGGGAGACCUCAUCCCUCUCUACAACUACUUGAAAGGACAUUGUAGAGAGGUUGGUGCUGGUCUCUUCUCACAGGUAAUUAGCGAUAGAACAAGAGGGAAUGGGUUCAAACUGCAGCAGGGUAGGUUUAGACUGGACAUUAGGAAAAAAUUCUUCACAGAAAGAGUGGUCAGACACUGGAAUAGGCUGCCCAGGGAGGUGGUGGAGUCACCAUCUCUGAAUGUGUUUAAGACUCGUUUAGAUGUGGUGUUAGGGGAUAUGGUGUAAGGGAGAACUUUGUAGAGUGGCGUUGAUGGUUGGACUCGAUGAUCCCAAGGGUCUUUUCCAACCUAAAUGAUUCUAUGAUUCUAUUGCUUUCCCUGUGUCAGUGAACGUGGUGUGUGGCUGCACAGGAGAACCUUUUGUGUCGUGUUGGGUCUGUGGUACAGGUCUUGUUGACUGUUUUGCUGGGCUCUCACCUUUUGUAAAAGAUAGGUCUUCUAAACAUAGGAAUAUACUAGGUUAUUGGUAUUUUCUUGCAAUAACUGAACUUCCAAAGCUGUGGUUAAAAAAAGGGUCAGUAUUUUUCUUACGGAUGACUUAAAAAAAAUCCCUGCUACUUUAAAUUCUGUUCAGUUCCACAGUUGGCUCAUGGUGCGUAUAAUGUAUGAAGCAGGAGACAAGCUGUUCUUCAAGGGUAGUCAAACAAAAAUCCAGCUAAUCCCCUACCCUAGGGAAAUACCUCCAAAAUCCUGCUCUCCUCAGGUUAGACAGCAGAGGGGCUGAAAAGUGAACUCUAGUGAAUGUGUUGAAAUAUACAAUGGCAUCGUCAUAAAAAAACCCUGUUACUUUGAGGAUUUGAGAAGAGCAUCCAAUGUGACUUCUUUCACGUUCACUGGAAUAGGAGCUGCAGCAGUUUAAGCACACAAAGCUGAAUGGCUUUUUGCCUCUCCAAAAGACAGGCUUAAUAAAAGAGACCAAUUUGCAAAACGCAGUGCGUGGAGCCCUGGUCUAGCUGCUUCUGGGUUUCCACAUGCUCCAUUCAAAGCUUCUUAAAACCAGGUCACUUUUAUGUACUUGCCAAGAUGGGAUUUUAGGAACCAAAAUCUGUAUAUCCAGUGAUCUGGUUUUUUGUUUGAUCCCUCUUCCUUUCAUUCUAAAUUUCCUUAGAGCGGGGAUGUAGGGUUUAAACCAAGCCUGCAGCUGAAGCCUGAGGGUAUUUAUCACUUCCUAGAAUAGGACCAGAAUGUCAGUACCAGGAAAGAUUUGAAAAACAAGGUUAAACAAGAAGCAGUGUUGGGCAGGCACAGGUCUUAAAGGAUUGAAACAUCUAUUCGCUCUGUCUUGUGUUCCUUUCUGUAGUGGUUUUUUAUUUUCUUUGUUUAUUUUGUUUUUUAAAGAAGUAAUUUGGGCAGAUAUAUUCUCCUGAGGUUAUUCAGGUCACCAGCCAGCCAGACUGGAGAAAAAAAAUAUUAAAUCAUUGUCCUUCAUUGUAUUUGGAUGACUCCUGUUUUCCUUGUUUCUUCCUUCUGUCUUAGAAUUAUUUUCUUUUACAGUCAGUGCCCUUUUGUAUGAUAUCAGGGUGGAUUCUACUGGUUUAGAUUACAGGAAGGAACAUAUGCCAUAAAUAGAUGGUAUAUAUUCUGCUAACACCAGGAAUACUGAAAUAGCUCAUCUUAAAAGGCAGGGGAAACCUAGCCAGUUGGCCUAGUGCCAGGAGAUUGCAGGGCUGACAGUUAGUGGGAAGCCUGAAAGAGAGAUUAAUGGUAGGCUGUGCUCUACAAAAAGAGCACGUUGAGCCCCAGGAGAAAUUUGGCGAGGGCAAAUUCUGGAAGAGCCAUGUGCUGAUGCCUUAAUGCAGUUUUGCCUUUCUCUUGACACCCCUGUCCCUGCGAGGUCCUGGCAUUCCCAGGUGGUGUGUUUGUCUCUGUGGUACUGAAUGCUGACAUAGACCGGGCUGGCUGCCUUUCUCUGUCUUUACCAAAUGUAUUCAGGAGGGGCUCGUAUAGGUCUGUUUGAAGGAAAUCCUUCAUAUGUAGUUAGCCCUUUCUGUACAGCCAGUUAACUGAAAAGGCCCUGAUAAUUUUUGCAAAAGAUGGUCUUUAGCUGGGCAACUUCUAAUGCGGAAUAGGCUGGUAUUCAUAAGAUGCAGCUAUUCAGAGCAUCCUGGGGGGUUUUUGUGUUUGUUUUUUCCCCACAAUUAGUAGUAGUUUUGUGUUUGUCUGCAAGAGCAGAAUUGUCCAUACAUGCCUCUUUGGAGCGCUCAGGCUAUAGCCAUAAACUACAGCUGUUCUUUGGUAAGGUGACGAUGAUGUCACUGUCCAUCCAAAGAUACUUAAUUAAAUAAGUUUGUAGCUUGUACAUGGCAUCUCUGACAUUGCUUACAGAGUUUUCCAGGCCUUUCACAUGGACAGCCUGAGCAGCUGUGGUUUUCCUCCAGAUCAAACAGCAGAAUGGCAACAGAGUUUGGCCCCUCUAAUAUCUGAAUCGCUGCGGUGGUGUACAGGUGGCUUCCAAAAGCUGUGCUCCGCCAUAGUGCUGUCCACCGUUAAAAUUGUGAAACACAGUUGAGUUUCAUGUAACAAGUUUUUUGUUACCUAAAAUACUCUUAAAAUUGAGAUGUGAAACAAGUUAAAACAGAAAACAACUAUGGGCCAGAAUUCAGGCAAACCUGCAAGAAAUCCUCCUUUCCCCAAACAGAGAAGGAGAACAAAUAGAGAAUGUAAGCUAUGGGUCUGGGUGGGUGUUUGGUUUGCUUGGGGAGGGGGUGUCCUUCCACACAGAUUUUUCUCCCUGGUACCAAAUAAUAAACAUUUGGUGCUAAGGGAGGCUGGUUUAAUGGAGAAUACUGAAGGCUUUGUUCAGUUGCCACUUAUCUCUCCCCUACUAACAAUUUCAGGAUUUGGCCAAUAGUUGUUGCACGUAUGCAGUAUUUGUCAGGGUUUUGACUCUAUUUAGAUCCAGAGAAUAACAUAUGAUUAUUUAUUAUUACUUUAUACUUUUUCUGUUAACGAUGAAAACGGCCCUUCAAAAAAGAGUAAAACAAAAAGAGUAACAAGAGUCCAAAGGAGCUCAUGGAACAAGUGCAUUUUCCCUCCAUUCCAGUUGUAAACUGUGAACCCUAAGUUGGCAGCAGGCACAGUAAGAAGCAUCCCUGGCUCAGGGAAGUGACAGGGAUAAGUGACAGAGCCUCCUGUACCCUGAGGGUGAGGCGAAGCCAGGCUCUCUGCCUCCCCCCAGCCCGCAGCAUGGAGAGGUGAAACUUGGGAAAUCACUCACAUGCGUCGGAGGGGCAAGGAGCAGCUUCCCGGAGGCUGAGUCUGUUGCCUCAUUCCCUGUGUAAAAGCAGGCAAGUGCUUCUGUGCCACUCCAAUUCCCAUUUAAUGAAAUCGUCCCCAGCUGCCUUCUCUUUGCCCUUAGCUGGUGCCUUUGGCCUCUCCUCUUGUUCACGCAGGAGAUUGGGGUUUAGAGGGCAGCUCCACCUGGCAGUGUCACAUGGCCUGUUCCAGUGUGACACCUUAGGUGACUGUCUACCUUCCCUAAGCUCCAGGCAUGGAGUUACCAGUCUAAUUCUCUCCCCCUCAAUCUGGUGAAUGUGUACACGACGGCAGUGAGGUGUCUCCCACGUUCGACAGUCGGGCGGUGCUGCAGGCUGAAAGCAGGGGAGGUGAGCACUGCCACCGCCUGCACUGUCUCAAAGCUUUCCUGCCCAGCUCACCACCCUGAGGCGCAGCUGCUUGAUUAGCAAUUGCUGAUCAACUCCUAUUUUUCAAGGUCAAAGAAGAAAGGUAAAGAAGAAAAAAACGGUGUACUGCUUUAAAGGUAAGGGAUUGCUUGUGUAUUUAGAAUAAGGACUUCCUUGUGCUGCCAAACAAACAGAGUUAAAUGGUGAAAUGGUAUGUGGUGUGCUGUCAUUUAGUGAAGCGUAUGGCUGUUAUGUAAAGGUUUUAAUGACUUUCUUCAUCUGUCCGCUUAGGAACACCAUGCGUCUGGCAAAAUUUUGAGAAGGCUCAAGGCGUUAAAGAAAGCUCAUCUAAAUAAAGGAGGGUUAACGUGACAUUGCAGUUGCUUAAUCCUGUAUUGUCCUCCCAUGUGACUGCAGGGAUACUGAGGCGCAGCUUUUCUUUUGCCUGGUGCACAGAUUAUGCUUUUCCUGUCAUCUUACAGGAUCAGUUGCUUUGUUAAACCUGCCAUGAGGAGAAAACGGGAGCAACAAACUUUUUACAGCAAGGCUUCAAGGCACAGUGACAUUUCCAAGGCACAGUGACAAGCUCACAGGCUGAAGAAUGAAUCAAAGGCAAACCCUAUGUUCAUCUCUUGGGCUGAUACCAGAAUGAAGGAGAACUACGCUCUUAAGAUGAAGAUCCUGACAUACUAAAUCUGUUAGUGAGAGAUGGAUGUAAAGAGCUUCCAGUUUUAUCUCUGAUUUUGAACAGAACUCCAAUAUGUAGAUAUGCCAGAUCUGUUUUUGAAGUAAUUUCCAAACUAAUCCUUGGACUUUCAGUAAGCUGCUUUUUUUUUCCUAAGUUUGUCAUAGUGUCCAUUAUGUGCCAGAUUGCAUAUUUAUACAGAAUUAUUUCAUUUAAACUCCUUAUCGGGACAUCCUGUUAAAUGGGGAAGUGAUUACCCUAUAGACUAUGACAACAGCAUAUGCGAAUGGAGGAAGUCUUGGAAAACACCGCUAUUCCAGAUGGCAUCGUGAGGACAGUGGAGAAGACGAUGGGCACCUGGAGAGCUAUGGGGGAGAUGAAGAGGGCAAGCAGCACAGGCUGACCCCAUUUGAGAAACUAAUGCAGGAUAUGUCCCAGAAUGAAAAAGUGGUGAAAGAAUUAACCCUGGGAAAGAGAAUUGGCUUCUAUCGAGUCAGAGGAGAAAUAGGAAGUGGGAAUUUCUCACAAGUGAAGCUUGGAAUUCAUUCCCUAACCAAAGAGAAAGUUGCUAUUAAGAUUUUGGACAAGACAAAGCUAGACCGGAAGACUCAACGUUUGCUAUCUCGUGAGAUAUCCAGCAUGGAAAAACUGCACCAUCCAAAUAUCAUCAGGCUGUAUGAAGUGGUGGAGACACUCUCAAAACUGCACCUGGUGAUGGAGUAUGCAGGAGGUGGGGAGCUCUUCACUAAAAUCAGCACAGAAGGGAAGCUGCUAGAAACAGAGUGUAAAAUAACCUUCUCACAGAUUGUGUCUGCAGUGAAGCACAUGCACGAGCACAAUAUAAUUCACCGGGACUUGAAAGCAGAAAAUGUCUUCUACACCAGUAACACCUGUGUCAAGGUGGGAGACUUUGGAUUCAGCACAAUAAGUAAAAGAGAUGAAACUUUAAAUACUUUCUGUGGCUCUCCUCCUUAUGCUGCCCCCGAACUCUUCCGAGAUGAAAACUAUAUUGGCAUUUAUGUAGACAUCUGGGCACUGGGAAUCCUUUUAUACUUUAUGACGACGGGUAUCAUGCCAUUUCGGGCAGAUACAGUGGCCAAACUAAAAAAGUGCAUUCUUGAAGGGACCUACAAUUUGCCUCCCUGCCUCUCAGAAGCUUGCCAGAAACUGAUAAAAGGAAUCCUUCAGCCAGUACCAACCGAACGAUACUCUGUCAAGCUUAUUAUGAACAGUGAAUGGAUGCAAGGAAUACAGUACCCCAAACCUUUACAGCCGUUUAAACUGGAUCCGAAGUAUUUAUCAGACACCAGUACACUCAAAGAGGAAGAAAUCGAAGUGAAAAAUAUUCUGGAAGAUCUGGGAAUCACAGAAGAACACAUUCAAAAUAACCAGGGAAGAGAUGCGCGCAGCUCAGUAACAGGGGUCUACAGAAUUACUUUGCACAAAGUACAGAAGAAAAGGGCACUUGAAUGUGUUCCUAUCAUGUCCCAUCCAGACCCCAAAGAACAAGACUUGAGGAGAGGAAUCAGUUCCUACAGCGGGAUGAAGCACACAUCCAAGCUGUGUUCUAUUUUAUAAGUUGCACUGCAGGCUUUAUGCUCAGCAUAUUUAACAAAGGGUUUUAUUCACUUUUCACAAGUUCUAGUGUUACAUUUUUUGUAAUUUCUGAAUAAACUAAAAACGCCUCAUCUCCUUUGCAUUUCUUGUGUCUCAGUGAAGUGUUCAAAUACAGAGCUGUCAUGCAUUUGUUUGUCCCUUGCUCCAGAGACAUGAUAUAGCCAGUGCCAAGAACCCCAGGUAAAUGAAACAGGUAAGGGAUCAUUAGCGGAGGUGAUCUUUUAGUAAAGACCAAAUAGUAUUGCAUGUGACAUGCCUGGGAGAUUCUCAGUACAGGCACAUAAGAGCAAACUUCUUGGAAAGUCGCAC